AUGUAUUCAGACCCGGUAGAUGCAGAGAAGUUGACAUGGCUUAAAUUUGGUCGGAAAAAGGAUGGGUUACUUAGACACCCGGCUGAUUCACCGCAAUGGAGAUUUAUUGAUCGACAAUUCCCUGAUUUUGGUAGUGAAGAACGAAACCUACACCUUGGGUUGUCUACUGAUGGUAUGAAUCCAUAUAGUUCCCUUAGUAGCAUCCAUAGUACAUGGCCGGUCAUGUUAGUGGCUUAUAACUUACCUCCUUCGUUAUGCAUGAAAAGAAAGUACAUUGUGUUGUCAAUGCUUAUUUCUAGACCUAAACAAACAGGAAAUGACAUCGAUGUGUAUUUGGCACCUCUCAUUGACGACUUAAAGUUGUUGUGGGAAGAAGGUGUAGAAGUGUUUUAUGCUAAUCGGAAUGAAAUGUUCAAUUUAAGAGCAAUGUUAUUUUGCACCAUACAAGAUUAUCCAGCAUAUGGUAAUCAUUCUAGCUAUUCUGUAAAAAGGGAAGGUGGUUGUCCUCUAUGUGAUGAUGGUUGGAAAGGUAAAUGGUUAUCGGCAUCUAGAAAGACGGUCUACUAUGAUCAUCGUCCAUUUCUUCCUUUGGAUCAUAAGUAUCGUCAAAUGAAGAAAGCUUUUAAUGGGGAACAAAAUUUUGAAAGUCGCCCAAAAGCCUUUACUAGCCAAGAAGUAUUUGAAAAGGUGAAAGACAUUCAACUUACUUUUGGAAAGUUAAAGAAAAAUAAAGAUGCCAUUCCUAAGAAAGGGUACAAGAAGUGGAAGAUAGAAGACGGUGUUAAUGCUCGACUUGACUUGAAGGAAAUGAAUAUGAGAAAUGAGCUCCAUGCCGUUGAGACUGGAAAACUGGACUAUUUGCCACCAGCUGCUUAUACACUGUCUAAGAAGGAAAAAGUUGAGCUUUGUGCAUCCUUAGCUGGAGUUAAAGUGCCUGAGGGUUAUUCUUCAAACAUUUCUUCUCUUGUUUCAAUGGAGAAUUUGAAACUCGUGGGUUUGAAGUCUCAUGACUGUCAUGAAAUCUACAGUAAAGUCAUCAAUCCAAAAGAUUUGGAUUCCUUAGAAACUGAAAUUGCCGUUAUUUUGUGUCAAUUAGAGAUGUACUUUCCCCCAGCUUUUUUUGAUGUAAUGAUACAUUUGCCGGUUCAUUUGGUAAGGGAUAUUAGAUUUUUUGGUCUCGUGCACAAUAAAGCUCAAUGGGCCUUCGAAAGACAAAUGAAAACUUAUAAGGGGAAAUAUGAGGACAAUAGGUAUUUCUACUUCUCGACAGUAGGGAUUUCUACUUCUCAACACAGUGACACACUUGAGGGUAAGGGAACCAUAGGUCGUAGAGAACUUGACUUGUCUCCUGAAAAGUGGCACAUGGCCCACACAUAUAUUCUUUUCAAUGAAGAUGAAAUUACACUGUAUAUUAAUAGACAUAUGACUUUUUUGAAGAUUCAUACUCGAAAGGCUAGCUCCAAAUCUUUGGCUACUGAACAAAGUAAAACAUUUCAUCUUUGGCUCAAGGAUCAAGUAUUGAAAGAGAUAAAAAAUUCCACACAAACUGUUUCUAACCGACUUAGGAGUUUAGCUAAUGGUCCUGAAUUCUCUGCCUCAUUUUUCUCUAGUUAUGCCAUUAAUGGCUACACUUUUAAAACUAAGGACCAAGAUGAUAAAAGCACUAUGCAAAACAGCGGGGUAUGUGUUGAAGCGGAAGCGAUGCAUUUGUCUAGUGCUAAAGAUAAUCGAUCUGUUUAUAGCAAAAUGCAAUACUAUAGGGUAAUUGAAGAGAUAUGGCAUACUACUAUGAAUCUCAACAAGAUAGGUCAUACAGAAGAUCCAUACAUUUUGGCUAGUCAAGCUAAACAAGUGUUUUAUGUUACUGACCUGUGUGAUAAAAGAAAAUUAGUUGUCACAUCGAAACCUCGAUAUGUCAUUGAUGACAAUAUUUUUUAUCAGGAGAGGUCUACCCCUAGUGAGGUACAAAAUGUGGAUGAUAGUCUUGAUGAUACAACAACAUACAUACGUAGUGAUCAUGAAGAAGGGAUUUGGCAUGACAAAAAAAAUAGUAAUGCUAAUAAUCGACCUAAAAAGCGGCGUCGCACAGGUUAUUAUGCUACUAAAAAAUCUGAUUCUUGUGGUUCUUGUAUUGAAAUUUAUAAUCUGUUCUUGAUAUAA